AGUAUUUCGAAUGUGGAAUUAUUAAUUUUAGAUUAUUUCGUGUUCUACCGUCCCCUCUUCAUCUUGUCAGCAUCGUCCCAGCCAGUCCUUUGCAAGGCUUGGACCGUUCCAGCUACCUCUUUAGAGUAGAGUAUGGCAUACAUUAGACCAAUUCUGAAGGGUGCAGCAGCGUUUGGCGGUAGCUUCGUCGCAGUAUUUGCUGGCCUGACUGUUGCCGCUGACGUCUGUCCUUACUACAUCGACACAGUCAGCGGAGGUUCCAUGAAACCCACACUGAAUCCACGUGACAAUGGCACGAGAGACAGGGUACUCGCCAAGCGCCUGACGAUGGAGCAGGCUGAUAAGCUGCAACGAGGGGACAUUGUUGACGCCACGAAUCCACGUAACCCGCACGGUGACAAGGUGGUGAAGCGGAUCAUUGCACUUCCUGGUGACAGUGUGUUAACGCCGCGCUACCACGAUGAAGUGGUGAAGAUACCACGGUAUCACUGCUGGGUCGAGGGAGACCACCCGGAGACCUCUGCGGACAGCAAUUACUAUGGACCGAUUCCCGUUGAGCUCGUCCAUGGGAAGGUGAUGUUCGUUGUUUGGCCGCCGACCCGUUUGGGCCGACUAGCCGAGCGUGACUUGAGUGGUCCAGAUGCACACAAGAUGUCCACCGUACUCCAUCACACUCCUUUGCCACGAUGACCGUUGCCACACAACUCUGUCAUGGCUGCUGGUUAUCAUAGGAGCUGGAGAUCACCACGCGCGCUCCAGCAAAAAUUCAUUGACAGUUCCUCUCCAGCCAACUGUGCAGCAAUUCAACAAGGUCACAACCUCCUGUGGCUGGAGAAAAUCGCCUGCUUGUGUACCCCAGGCUGUGCUCCACUUGCGAGAGCUGUCCAGUGCCCUUUUGCUGGGUUAUGCAGCUCUGCUGUUCUCCAGUGGAAGCAGACUUGCCCAGUAAGGCGCGAGAACAUGGAAGAAGGGCUAUGCUUUUCAGGCAUCGCAUUAUUGCAAGUUGUACUACAUGUACUUCACUGGAAGUGGAAACGCUGACAUCCUGGCAGUGUGGCAUAGUUUGCUAGAGAUUCGCAAUUCAGUGGAGCCUGGUGGUAUUCCUCCACUAAUCACAUAUCGGUCUUGUCAUGGUGUGCAACACACUGUCACUCAGCCUCUGAACAGGUACAGCUUCCCCUAUGCCCCACGUUCUCACCGAAGCUGGUCUUCACCAACAUUCCUAAUCUCCCCAUUUCUUACCUUGAUUUCCUGAGUAGUACUUGGAUUUAGUCAAUAUGUGCAUGAUGGUAUUCUACAUAUAUCCCAGCUACCAGCUACUAGUACAUGCAAGGUAUGGUGGUACAUGAUAUACUUUGAAGUACAUGCAAGGUGUGGUGGUACAUGAUAUACUUUGAAGUACAUGGUGUCACUGCCUGAUUUUGAUCGAGAUGUUUUAUCAGUUCAUCCUCAGGCAUAUCGUGUGGCAUCAUUGAGAAACCUGGCCGUAGCCUAGCUAGGUGAGAGCAAGCGGAGCAAUGAGUGUUGCUGUCACGGUACACUGAACAGGGUUUUUUUGCAAGCACGAUUCCUGGAGUCUCAUCCUACGCAGGCUAGCCGAUGGAUCCCGCGCUUUCUCCAUGAAUCAGGCGUGUUAGUGUACUACUAUGCAAUAGUGUGUUAUUUCGAUUAAUAAUUUUGAUAUUCCGGAUAAUGUGAAAGGCCCAACGUUUUUUCUUCGCUCCUGACUUGCUAUCAGCCUUUUCUACUAAGAGUGGGCUGUAGUCCUAAACUUUUCUCAAAACGGCAUCCCCUUGUGCCCUGA